ACUAGCGCUCGGCCUGGCCAGGGAAUGAAAGGCUGCUGCCUGCGCGCUGCAGCCUGUCUUUCCGGGCAUCAAGUAGUGGUACGGUUGUGUGGAUCUGCAGCCGUAGAAAUAAAAUGCUGCUCGUUCUCGCGUUGUACUCGACUUGAGUGACAAUCCGCCGCCGCCAACCUGGUUACCACAAAAGGCUGAGCUUGCAGGGAGUGAAAGAACAAGCGGGAUGGAGACCCCAGACCUCUUGUCAGCAGCCCUGGAUGAGUCGGGAAUUGGGGAGGAAAUGGCCAACAACCACGCACAAGACUCCAAUGUGAACAUGUCAAGAUUUCAAAUUCCUCCGCACCUGAUGAACUACCUGCCGCCACACAUGAUCCAGCAGAUGGCACAGGCCAUGGCCCAGCAAAUGGCGCAAGCGAUGGCUCAGCAGAUGCCUUUCCACCAAGGAGGCUCUGGCAGCAAGUUCCCACCCGGAGGAGGUGGGCCCCCUGGCCCUGGCAUGGACGGGACUGGCAAGGGUUCAGGUGCACCUUACUACAUGGUUCCACCGUUUGGGUUCAAGGCCGGAAAUGGAUCGGCACUGCCGUACCCCAUGUUUCGGCCACCUUUCGACAUGAAGUACGGCAUGGGACCAGGAGCUAUGCCUGCCCAGGCUCAGCACACUGGAGAGGAUGCUGAAGAAGAGGAAGAACUGGGACUGGCCGAGACGUACGCUGACUACAUACCUUCUAAAUUGAAAAUUGGAGAGCGGCAUCCGGAUGCUGUGGUGGAGACUAGUUCUUUGUCGAGUGUGCAACCGCCGGCCGUGUGGUACAACCUGUCCAUUCCGGAGGAGGUGAUCGAUCGUGCACUGCUGUCCGCACUCCAGCUGGAGGCAAUUGUCUAUGCCAGCCAGCAGCAUGAAGUGCUACUUCCCGAUGGGAGCCGAGCCGGAUUCCUCAUCGGAGACGGUGCUGGUGUGGGCAAAGGUCGAACCAUUGCCGGGAUUAUUUACGAGAACUACCUCUUGGGUCGCAAGAGAGCAAUCUGGGUAAGCGUGUCUAAUGAUUUGAAGUAUGAUUCCGAACGGGACCUGCGGGACAUUGGUGCUGGAAAAAUUGAGGUUCAUUCUUUAAACAAGUUCAAAUACGCGAAGAUCUCCUCCAAGGUGAAUGGCAGCGUGAAGAAGGGCGUCAUAUUUUCCACGUACUCGUCUCUGAUUGGUGAAAGCCAAAGUGGCGGCAAGUACAAGACACGACUCAAACAGCUCCUGCACUGGUGCGGCGACGACUUUGAUGGAGUUAUUGUAUUUGACGAGUGCCACAAAGCCAAGAACCUGUGUCCCGUGGGCUCCUCCAAACCGACCAAGACUGGCCUCACUGUGCUUGAACUGCAGAACAAACUUCCCAAAGCACGAGUGGUCUAUGCCAGUGCUACAGGUGCCUCUGAGCCAAAGAACAUGGCCUACAUGACUCGCCUAGGCAUCUGGGGUGAGGGAACACCAUUUCGGGAGUUCUCCGAUUUCAUUUCAGCUGUCGAGAAGCGAGGCGUUGGUGCUAUGGAGCUGGUUGCCAUGGAUAUGAAGUUAAGAGGCAUGUAUAUGGCCCGCCAGCUGAGCUUCACUGGUGUAUCCUUCAAGAUUGACGAAAUCCCCCUGGCCAAGAGCUUCAUUGCCAUGUACAAUGAAUCGGUGAAGUUGUGGGUGGACGCUCGUGCAAUGUUCCAAGAGGCAGCCGAGCUGAUGGAGGGCGACUCGCGCAUCAAGAAGACAAUGUGGGGCCAGUUCUGGGCCUCACAUCAGCGUUUCUUCAAGUACCUCUGUAUCGCUUCGAAGGUGCCACACGUGGUGUCCCUUGCCCGAGAGGCCGUCAAGAACGACAAGUGCGUGGUGAUUGGCCUGCAAUCUACAGGGGAGGCUAGGACACUGGAACAGUUAGAGGAACAAGGUGGUGAACUCUCGGACUUCGUCUCUACGGCAAAGGGAGUCUUGCAGACUCUCAUCGAGAAACACUUCCCGGCACCCAACCGCAAGAAGUCUCUGAAGCUUCUGGGGCUGGGUGGCAUUGUAGAUGAACUAAGCCCCUCGCCGCCCCCGUCGUCUUCGACGGGGGGACACAAGCGGAAGAGUGCUCGACAGGCUCGGCAGGGGGUGAAGCGCUACAGGGAGGCUUCCUCGGGUGAUGACGAUGACAGUGACGUUGAGGUCAAGAGCGAGCCGGAGAGCGACUUUGAGCCGUCUGUGUCCAGUUCGGCAGCAGAGGAAUCUGAGGGCAGCUCGGCUGUCGAAUCGGAUGCAGAGGAUGACUUCAACCCAUUCGGUGAUGACUCGGACAGCGACGAUCCCUGGGCAAGUCGUAAGAACAAAUCUAAGAAUAAAAAUAAGAAGCAAAAAACCAAAAAGAAGAAAAAGCACGAGAAAUCCAUGGGGAACGGCGCCGCUUCGCAGCCAGCCGUCCGUAAUGUACCCACUGUGGACAGUGAAAAGAAGGCCGCAUCCAUGAAGCAGGAACUGCUCGAUCGACUGGAAAAGCUCGGGGACAAGCUUCCACCUAACACGCUGGACCAACUCAUUGACGAACUCGGCGGGCCCGAGAAUGUCGCUGAGAUGACGGGCAGAAAGGGGCGUGUGGUGAGCACAGACAAUGGCACAAUCCAGUACGAGUCUCGGUCUGAAGUUGACGUGCCCUUGGAAACCCUAAACCUUACUGAGAAACAGAGGUUCAUGGAUGGUGAGAAGCACAUUGCCAUAAUUUCCGAGGCGGCGAGCUCUGGUAUCUCGCUGCAGUCGGACAGGAGAGCGAAAAACCAGGCCCGUAGGGUCCACAUCACCCUUGAGUUACCCUGGAGUGCAGAUAGAGCAGUGCAGCAGUUUGGACGAACACACAGGUCAAACCAAGUGAAUGCCCCAGAGUACAUAUUCCUCAUUUCUGACUUGGCUGGUGAACGAAGAUUUGCUUCCAUUGUGGCCAAACGUCUUGAGAGCUUGGGUGCACUGACUCACGGGGACAGGAGAGCUGGCGAGUCCAGGGACCUUUCUCGUUUCAACAUUGACAACAAGUAUGGCCGAGCUGCCCUGGAGACCAUGAUGCGCGGCCUUAUGGAGAUGGAAAUCCCGCCUCUGGUUCCGCCACCUGAGGACUACGAGGGGGAUUUCUUUGCCGAUUGCCGAAAAGCACUGGUCGGUGUAGGCUUGGUCAAUGAGGAUGAAUUCAGCAAGAUGCAGACGCUUGACAAAGACUACAACAACAUGAGCAAGUUCCUGAACCGCAUCCUAGGCAUUGAAGUUGAGCUUCAAAAUGCCAUGUUCAAGUACUUCACGGACACACUGGACGCUAUUAUCUCUGAGGCCAAGAAGACCGGCCGUUACGACCUGGGCAUCUUGGACCUGGGAACAGCCGGUGACAAUGUGCGGCGUGUCAAGGUGGACGAGUUCAUCCGCAGUCACGCCACUGGCUCAGCCAAAACGGAGCUUCACACUGUGAGCGUCGAGCGUGGCCUCUCUUUUGAGGCCUCGCAGGACAUCUGGAAGGAGCUGACAGGCAAGGAGGAAGGCUACUACCUUUCCAACCAGGUGCGUUGUGGGAAGAAGACUGCAGUGCUGGCUGUUGCGGACCAAGCCCGUAGGUCGAAGGAGAAAAAGGAAAGGCUGUUCCGCCUAUAUAGGCCAAACACAGGCCUCCAGGUCCGCCAGGAGAGUCUCAAUGAGCUGAAGAGCAAGUACAAGAAGGUCACUCCAGAUGAAGCACAACCCCAUUGGCAAGAGCAAUAUGAAUCAUCUGAAAACACAUGUAGUCACAUUUACUGGUACAACAGCUGUCGCAAGAAGACUAUGGGCAUGGCGUGCGAGAUUGGGCUGAGGCGGCGCACUUACCAUGUGUUGAGCGGGUCGGUUUUGGCUGUCUGGGCCAAGGUGGAGAGCGUGCUGAGCUCAGUCCAUGGCCACCACAAUUCCUCCAAACUGCAGGUGGUGCGCCUCAAGACUGAGGAUAACUUGCGCAUCGUCGGUACCAUUAUUCCAAGCAACUGCGUCGCCCCACUGGUGAACGUUCUCUCCCAAGACGCCGAGAAGACGAACUCCGAGACCUUUUGAGGCAGGGCCUGCUGUCUACUUCUAAGUGCAAGUGUGCAGGCCUGCACUUUCCGCGUUGUUGUCACUGGGACGGCGCUCUUGUCGUGCUUGGAAGCGGUGUUGGCAGCCAGGAAGGUUUCCUUCCUCCGUGGACUCUCUCUCCUCUGUGUGUUCAUCGGGUGUAUCGAAUUUUUGUGCAUGUAUGUCACAGUGCCGCUCUCCUUCUGCUAUACAGCCCUCAGAAACCCGUGAUGUCAGUAGGGACGGGACGUUGCUUCUCCAUUUUAUGUCUCAUUUCUCUUUCUCCCUCUUCUCUCUUUUCAUUUGAAGUGAAGGAAGAAAGUCUGCUGCAAGAACCAAACCAACGCAUUGCAACAACAACAACAAAAAAAAACGGGCUAGGAAUGAUGUUUCAAUUUUUCUCACCCUCCUCUCGUAUCCCGAGGGAGGGAAAAGUUUAGUGAGAGAGGAUGUUGAAAAAUGUGGAAGUCUCGUGUGUGUGUAUGGUGUGAUGAAAGAAAAUGUAUGUAGGAAUGUGUAUGUAUGUAUCAUGAUCGCUUCCCCUAGUGGAGGAGAACACAAGAAAGGACAGCUUUUGUAGAUAAUUCUCUCACCUUAUCUUCUGUUGUCAUUUUUUUAUUCUUUUUUGUACUCACUGCCUUUUUUUUUUAUUCUUGUUGCUGUUCUCUCUCACAUUGCCGAGUGGCACCUUGUCAAUUUUUUUUCUCCCUUCCUCAUGUGUUGUUACAGACCCAUAUGUUUUUGUAUGUCACGAAUCAUUUUUGGAGAAUGGGAAAGAGCUGUCAUUCCCAAUUACACCCAUCUCAUUUAGCACACUACGACACCCCAUGCAUUUUAGGACUUUCCACCUUAUCUUUCCCUUUCAUAAUCCUCCGUUCUGAAAAUGCCACUUUGUUCUGAUCAGCCAGAUUUGGCAUAAAUGUCAUGCAGUACUCAGUUUAGUCAGACCAAGUCGUGUUUCCCACCCCCAAGACAGAAAUGAUGUAACAAUGAUGAGAUGGCAAGCGCAAGCUGGCAGGUGGCCAUGUGUUUAGUGAAGCGUGUUUCAUAACUAUUUAUUACUAUCUAGCUCUUACAAGAAGACAGUGUUUACAGGCUCACUGUGUUUACUGGUAGUAAAACAGUAAUGCUUCUUUGUCCUCCUCCUCCUCCUCCUAUGACUCAGUUUGGCAAUUUUUGUUGAUUGCUUCAGUCAGGAAAGGCAAAUGAACAAGUUGAUUUCAAAAUUGUCAUGCGGUUCCCCCAUUCCUAUGGAAAUGACUCUGAGAACUCAAAGUUCUGAAAUAAAAGGACAGUGCAAACCUCCUC